UCAAAUGCGCGUUAGAUUUAAGGAGGGGUUUGAGUUCUGUUGCCCUUAGGAAUAGGCCGACCCCUCUUCAAAUAGCGCUCCUCUUCUUCAAGUAACGACUCAGCUGAUGUCUUCAAUAGUUCAAUGAGAAUCAGAUCAUUGUUAUGGUUGGCGAAACUGGGUCAGGAAAAACGACACAAAUACCUCAGUUCGUCGCGUACUCAGAUCUACCUCACACAAAAGGCAAGGUCGUAGCAUGUACCCAACCUCGUCGUGUUGCGGCAAUGUCGGUGGCAAAGCGGGUGGCCGAUGAAAUGGAUGUCUCGCUUGGUCGACACGUCGGUUAUUCGAUUCGGUUCGAAGACAUGACAGAGCCUGGGACGACUUUCCUCAAAUAUAUGACCGAUGGUAUGCUUCUCCGAGAAGCAAUGAAUGAUCCCAAUCUCGAGCGAUACUCCACUGUCAUCCUAGACGAGGCGCACGAACGGACGCUUGCCACUGACAUCCUCAUGGGUCUCCUCAAAGACCUCGCAAAACGCCGGUCUGACCUCAAGAUCAUCAUCAUGUCUGCGACCCUCGAUGCUCUCAAAUUCCAAAAGUACUUUGGCCUUACCGCUGGUACACCAGCACCUCUGUUCAAAGUACCAGGUCGCACACAUCCUGUGGAGGUAUUCUAUACCCAGGAACCCGAGCCCGACUACGUCGAGGCUGCCAUCCGAACUGUCCUUAUGAUCCAUCGUGCUGAAGAGCCUGGCGACGUCUUACUUUUCCUCACCGGUGAAGAGGAGAUAGAGGAUGCUUGUAGAAAAAUCAAGCUUGAAGCGGACGAUCUGAUAAACCAGGACCCAGACUCUGUCGGCCCUCUAGUUUGCAUUCCUCUCUAUUCUUCCCUGCCCCCUCAACAGCAACAGCGUAUCUUCGACCCUGCACCGACUCCUCGAACCUCCGAUGGUCCUCCCGGCCGAAAGGUCGUUGUCUCAACUAACAUUGCCGAGACAUCCUUGACAAUAGACGGAAUUGUAUACGUCGUUGAUCCAGGCUUCUCCAAACAAAAGGUCUACAACCCCCGGAUUCGAGUCGAAAGUCUGCUGGUUAGCCCUAUUUCUAAAGCGUCUGCCCAACAAAGAGCGGGUCGUGCCGGCCGUACGAGGCCAGGGAAGUGCUUCCGGCUUUAUACGGAGAAGGACUUCAUGAACGAGCUCGAAGAGCAAACUCAUCCGGAGAUUUUGAGGUGUAAUUUGAGCAACACGGUCUUGGAGCUUGUCAAGCUUGGUAUUAAGGAUUUAGUACGGUUUGACUACGUCGAUGCUCCGGCUCCGGAGACUUUGAUGCGGGCUUUGGAGUUACUGAACUUCCUCUCCGCAUUGGAUGACGACGGUAACCUAACACCAUUGGGUAGUGUGAUGGCAGAGUUCCCGCUCGAUCCUCAGCUCGCAAAAAUGCUUAUCAUAAGCCCAGAGUUCAAAUGCAGUAAUGAAAUUCUUACUAUCACCGCUAUGCUUUCCGUACCUAACGUGUGGAUACGACCGCCAAAUGCACGUAACCAAGCCGAUGCGGCGAAAGCCCUACUCACUGUCCCCGAUGGCGACCAUCUUACCAUGUUAAAUGUCUACAAUCAAUAUGUUCAGAACAAAUAUGACAAGAGCUGGUUAUACAACCACUUCCUCUCUGCUCGGGCUCUUGCGCAGGCAGACAACGUCCGUGCCCAGCUGGAGCGAACCAUGGCCAAAUACGAAGUGGAAUUGCUUUCACUCUCAGACGAGAAGAAACUGUACCAGAGCAUUCGUCAAGUACUGGUUUGUGGGUUCUUCAUGCAAGUGGCGCAUAAAGAGGGAGAGAAAGGAAAUUAUCUUACGGUCAAGGACAACCAGGUUGUGGCGCUUCACCCGUCCUGUGGCCUUGACACCCAACCCGAAUGGGUCAUCUUCAACGAAUUUGUGUUGACGAAGAGGCCUUAUAUUCGCACGGUAUCCGAUGUUCGCCCUGAAUGGCUAUUAGAAUAUGCAAAGAACUACUUUGAUCUAUCAACGUUUCCGGAUGGCGAGACCAAGCGCGCGUUGCAACGCGUGGUCAACAAGAAGGCAGGCAAGGUUGGGAAGAGGACUGACAUCGCAAAUGGAGACAUGAGAGACACGAAGAAGCGCAGAAAGAAUUGAUCAACGUCUUGCCUCUUCAGUUGAUGACUAUGUUCGCGACAUUGUCUUGUUAUUUUGGUGACCCACUUAUAAUUUGACCUAGAUAGAGUCAUACUUGUUUGUACUCUUGAUACUGGGAUGCUCCUUGUCCUAGAAUACGUUCUUGUGAU